GCCCGGGGGUUGGGGACUCCUGGUGUAGAGGGUACUUCUUUAUUACUCACGGCACAACACAGGCCAACACUUGUUCUUCCUCACACUGAAUAUAACUCUAGGUAUUAACACCUUUACUGGCUACACGCACAGCCAAUCACUCGGCGUGGUCCCAUUGCCCUCACUUGGCCACGCCGCUGGCUGGCGGCGUGACGAUGACCGCGAUGGAACCCACACAGGAGACCUUCCACGUGGCCGGACGACGGAGAGAGAUGUCGGCGAGCAGCGACGCACCCAGGACCCCACACACGAGCCCCGAGCCCUGGGUCCGCUCCCCCUUAUAUCCCCCCAGGUGUCGCUAGGCCCCGCCUCCGGCCACGCCAUCUCGUGGAAUCUUGAAGCAGGUUCCCGGAGUAUCUUGGCUAACCCCACCUGUUACCUUUGCCCCAGAUUACACCUCCUUCUCCGAUUGGUUGGUACUUAACUGUGCCCCUACCCGUGAUUCCCUUUCCGGCCAGCAGGUGUCACCCUGUCAUUACACAUGAACAACGGCCCUUUUUUGUCAAUUCACUGCUGUAUUAGGGCCUCCACACCCCGCGCGGGGGUUGUUUGACCAUACUUCACGCUGGUCAGUGCGGGAUUGGAGGCAGGGAGUAUAGAUGCGGGAGUAUAGAAGCAAAGUAUUUUACAACAGUGAUUUUACUUCUGUACUGCCCCUCUGCUGCAUUUCUGCCAGCUGGGUCAUGAGCAAGCAAUUUGCACCAUCUUCACCUGUGGAGUAACACUAUGUAAUGUAUAUAUAUACAUACAGUAGUAUUGCAAUGUUUACAUUUGUUAAUCCGGGAAAGCUACACUCAGUCUCAAGGUUAUUUUUCAAGAGGGUACUGCCAAUUUUGCGAAGUAGUUUUUAAGCAUUGGAAUGUUUGGCCAACACCAUUUACGUUGUUUGGGUGCUUUUUUAUUGCUGUGGGAGGAAACUCAAGAACCCAGAGGAAAGCCAUGCUAAACGGAGAGAACUCCACGCAGAAAGAUACCCAGACUGUAUACCGGCGGGCACAGCCAUGAUCCAACGGGGACUGCCGGGCGGGCGUGGAUGGCCCGGAGCGGAUCUGAGUGAUGCUUCGUUUUCUGACGAGAGCACAGGUCUCCCCUUCAGGACUACAAGGAGCAGGUUGGCGGUGGAGCGAGGUGUGCCGGGACCCAGAGGGAGUGUGGGGAAUGGGCUGGGCAUGGUGGGGCCCAUGUUUACGCCUCAGUGGGUCCCAAGUCCGCUCCCUGGCCAUGCCUCACCCACGGCGACUCGCUUCCUCAAGAAAAAGCCUCAGACGGACGUCCAUGUGGGCGCCAGCGUGGCCAGGACGUCCGCGUCGUCGGCAGCGGCGCUGCAGCGCUUGUCUCGGUUUGAGGAGAAGCUGAAGGCGCGGGUGACGGGGCCCACGGCGACGCCGGGCGCGCGACGCCAGCCCUCGGCCUCCCCUUCGCCGGGGGCACCACCCACCGUGGAGCUCGCCGUGAGCAUGCCGGGCGACGAACUCAGCGGCAAUGGCAGCCGAUUCCUGAAAAAGAAGAAGACGACGAUGAUGAUGACAUCUACGCCGGCAGAAUCAUUGGGGAACACAGAGCCUCCAAGGCCCACGGCGUCGGCUGCCCCUCGCGAGGAUGCGUUGUGCAACCGUGACACAGCCCGGACGGGCGGUUCUGGGGCCAGGACUCUGACGCCUGUGGGGGCUGUGGACAGCGACGAGGAGGAGAUGCGGCGGCUCCUGGGCAGCUCUUUUGAGAGCCACGACUCUGAGCGGAAGCACGCGCGGAGCCCGCAGACUCCCACCAACCGCAACCGGUUUUUAAAGAUGCGCGAAGCGGCUUCGAUGGAACCGCCUGGCGGUAGUGCCCCUCGCCUCCCACCGUCGCCGCCGGAGAUGGGCAGAGCCAAGCGAUCCCCGGUCCACGAAGACCGCACCGCGAGAUCGCCUAGCGUGAUGAGGAGAGGCGCGGUCAAACGAUCGCCGUCUCCCGCGUCGAUACGGAGUGAGGUGAACUCUGAUGACGAGCGAUUCUCGGACGCAUCGGUGGCCCCGAGUCGACGGGAUGACGUUUCAUCGGCUUCGGCCUCUGACGAUUUCAAGAUGAACCUGAUGACCGUGGACGACCUCCUGCCUGCCCUUCCUGUGAGUGAUCCACCGCCAAUUAAGCGCGGCCACGAGAGAUCCGCGUUUAGCUCCGACGUGCGACAGCCGAAGGCUCACCACCUAUCCGACAAGCCAUCCGCGGGCACGACAAGAAAUCUACGAACGCCCUCUCCACGCACAAGGAUGAGCAGCGAGAACAGCAGCAUAGAGAAGAGCAGCGAGAUCGCUACCAUGUCGGAGGUGAGCGACGUGUCCGAACGGCUGGAGGUGGCCUCCAUCAGAGAUGGCGGCGACCACUCCUCCGCCUCGUCUUUGUCGCACGGCAGAAUCCGGAGCCGCGGAGGAAAAUCCUCGCGCUCCGUGAGCCCCGUCGACAGUGACAGCGCCGCCUCCAACUACUCGGAGGACUUUGAGGAAGACGACGAUUCGCGUGACGCUGGCGCGAGGAGACCGUCCCACUCGCGAGAUUCGUCCCCGCGCUCCGAGAGUCCGGCCUCGGGAUCGAGCUCACUGCGGCCUAGGGGUAGGAGGGAAUCGUCGAGGCUGCGAACGCGUGGACUGACCGAUUCGGUGCGAAGAGAUGUGAAGAGGCGAGGGAGGAAUGCGGCAGUGCAGACUGUGCCUGGCCUUAACUAUGCGUGGGUGCAAGAUGCUGCGCUGACAGCAGAGCACGCUGGGAAAUACGCGGCCCCAAUGCCCAUCGCCUCUCACUUCAUCAGCGGGGAAACGCUGGAAGCCCUCACCACGUACCGCCCCUCCACGCUGGCGCUAGAGGAGCUGCUGCGGGGACAGCUGGAGCUGACGCGCGAGUUCGUGUCGCGGUGCCAAGGCCUGCAUGCCAGCCUGGUGGAGGCGCUAGCCCAGGAGCGAUACCCCUACACCACGCUCGCCGAGACGCGACAGUUUCUGGAGCGGAACCGCCGGCCGAAGUUGACGAUGGAGGAGGCGCAGGAGCAGGUGUUGCGGGAGAUGCGGGAGUACCAUUACUUGUGAAGAGCUUUUUGGAAAGGGGGGGCGAUGGGGAGCAGAAUCCCGACCCAACCAUUUUGCAGGUGCUGGGUGCUAAUGCUCACCCACCCCCACCUAUGUAUGUACGUUGAACUUCUUUCACACCGUACGUAUCCAAACGUGCUAAUCGGAGGUGCAGGAGGACAAUCUAAACAAA